AUGGCCUUGGAUCAGAAUGAUCCCGGACUGGAGGAGGGGGAUGACUGUGUUUCUGAGUCUGAGUCGUUUUACGCCGGCGAUAUAAGUGAGCUCAUCGUGGAGUAUUCUACACCUCCACAGCCUAUCCCUCCUACGCAAUCGGAUUCGGGGUCCAGCAAGAAAAGCACGUCAAGCUCUGACUUCUCAGCAAACCUUGGGAAACGCAAGACAAGUGCCCUAUCGGCAUCCAGCAAUGACUUUUCCGAGGCGCCACUCUCCAAGAAGCCAAAACCCAAUCCUGUGUCGAUAUCUGAGCACACGACCCUUGCUUCAUCCCCGGUUUUGAUCGUUCAUUGCCCCACAGUCCAACGGCUGUUUGAGAAAAUGAAAAUAUGUCGUGGCGUUCAGUAUGAGCUCGCUCGCCUGGUUUCGUCUGAAAGACUCUCCUACAAUGAUAUCACACCGGAUAAGCUUAAAAAACUUGUCGGUUGCAACAAAAUAUCUGCACCGCAAGUUGAGGAGGUCUUUUACAGUAAGUCGACAGCUCAGCCAACUAAUUCUGCCUUCGCACGGGAGAUAGCGUCAAAAUCACCUUGGGAGGAACUUGAUCGGGAAGAGGCUGCUCUGGCUAACGGCCCAUAUGAAGGCCUUGGCAACAAUCCCAAUCAACCUGACUGGUACGGAGGGAAGGUCGAGUUUCGUGGACGUUUGUCUCAACAAGACGGCAACGUCGGCUACAAGAUCACCCUCGAAAGUUGCUGCCUUGGUGCCUCAUCACGCUUCACGAGGCGUUUCGGGUCCUGGUCAUUUUUGCGCGUCAAAAUACCUACACAAAUCUUUUUCUCCCACAAUGAUCUAGAACGGUUCUUCCAAAGGAGCUUUGUGAUAUGGGGGAAGGUGUUUCGGGCAUGUUAUGCGAAGGAUGACAACGUCUUUUUCUACUGGACUAAUGAGAUUUAUCCGAUGGGGAAACCCUUGCUGAACAGGAUGUCGUUUCAUGACUUUAUCAUGUGGCAUAAUCCGCUGCAACAGAACUCGAAUCAACUUAUGACGAAGUGGGCUGCCCGGCUCCCUCUGGGGUUUUCAAAUUCACUCCCAGGACCUCGCUUGCUGCAAGAAAACAUAUUGCCAGAGGAGGAUGUUGUAUCUUCCAAAAAGUCGGAUAUGACUGACGGCUGCGGUCUCACAACUCAAAGUGUCCAUCGGUCCAUUUGGUAUCAGUUGUCCUUGCCGCUGAUGCCUACGGCAUUCCAGUUCCGUCUUGCAGGUUCUAAGGGCAUGUCAAUUUUCCGCGAUGAAAUUUCCCUCAGCGACAGCGCAAUGCGAGGUUGGUUCCGCCCCUCUCAGACAAAGAUCAGGUACCCCCCUGGCCUCCAACUGGAUCCUGCCAUGCUUACGUUCGACCUGCUCCGCACAUCGCACAUGCGAUCCCCAUCCCGCCUUUCGACGGAAACUAUUAUCAACCUGGCCGAGAACGGUGUUCCUCACAGCAGAUUCGUCGACCUCCUCAAGGCCACCCUUCGCGAAAUGGUCAAAGGGCUCACAACUUGGGAUGGCCUGAUGCGAUGUUCAACCUCUGGAUCAAUCUCGAGCGUAUCGGUGGUGUCAUAG